AACUUUGAUUCGAGUAAAGCGCCUGCUCCUAGGGUUCCCGCAGACACCCUGGUGACCUUCCCACUGGCAACCUCGUCAUCCAAGCCCCCAAGCUAACUGGAAUGCCCGGGAAAACAGCCGAGAAGGUCGAAGCCCCGCUCUCGCCCGAUAGUUCUAUCGAUUGCGAUGAUUGUGACUACCCAGAUGGCGGCUACCGGGCCUGGAUGGUCGUCCUCGGAGCCUGGUGUAUGCUGCUGGCUCCGAUGGGACUGAUCAAUGGCCUAGGAAUCUUGCAGGCUUGGACCUUUGAACACCAGCUGCACGGAUACUCCGAGUCUAGCAUCGGCUGGAUAUACGGCACCUUUGCGUUUUUCGUCUUCGCUGCCGGUGCACAGGCAGGACCAAUCUUUGAUACGUAUGGCGUUCAUGUUGUCAUUAUCCCGGGAUCAAUUGGAUUGGUCGUAAGUCUAGUCUGUUUCAGUUUCAGCAAUGAAUACUACCAGAUGUUUCUGUCCUUCAGCAUACUCGGUGGCUUAUCCGGCAGUCUACUCUACACCCCUGUUAUUGCCUGCAUCGGCCACUGGUUCAACAAGCGCCGUGCGUUCGCCACGGGCGUCGCACUGACAGCGGGCGGCCUCGGCGGCGCCAUCUUCCCCCUCAUCAUCCUCUUCGCCGCACCCACUAUCGGCUUCAACUGGGCAAUUCGCAUCUUCGCUCUCUUAACCGCCCUUCUCUGCACCUGUGGCUGUUUCCUUUUACGAACGCGCCUCCCACCGAACACCAAAGCCGGCGCGUCCGUUGACUUCCGCGCCCUGCGCGACGUCCGCUAUGGCGUCAACGUCUUCGCCAUCUUUCUUAUCGAGUUCGCCUUCAUGAUCCCUUUCAGUUAUAUCCCUUCCUACGCGCGCCACGUCGGUCUGAGCAAUCAGCUUUCCUGGCUCCUUACCAUCAUCAUCAACCUGGCGGGUAUCCCUGGCCGCUCCAUCACGGGCUUCGUCGCCGACCGCAUUGGGCGAUUCAACUCGCUAGUCGUGACCUCGUGCAUCUGUUCGGCCCUUACUCUCGCGCUCUGGCUUCCUGCGGGGAGCAACCUCAAGACGCUGAUCUGCUAUGCUAUCUUCUUUGGGUACUGGAGCGGCGCGGGGUUCAGCCUCGCCCCCGUGUCAGUCUCGCAGGUCUGCGACACGGCCGACUACGGCAAGCGCAACGGCACAGCCUACACCGUUGCCAGCAUCGGCACGCUGAUUAGUAUUCCGGUUGGCGGGGCUAUUAUUGAACGCGCAGGGGGUGAUUAUUGGGGCGUCAUUGUCUUCGGUGGUGGUCUUUACUUUGCGUCCAUGAUGGCGUUUUUCGCCGCUCGGGUGAUCUGCGUUGGGUGGAAUUUGCGCGUAAUCUUUUAGUUGCUUCUGGUGUUUUUGAGCCGCGCUGCUGGCCUGUAUUAUAUUCCAUCUAUGCUUUUCGGACUUCCCCAUUGGGAAUUUACUGUUGUUGCCUGCUACAUCGAGCCCCAGAUUGUUCAAUAUAGACACGUA